UUUGAAGUUGAGAGGUAGAUAAAGACUCAACUCUUUGCAGAUAAGUCUAUAGUCCACUCUCUCUGUGUAACAUCAUCUGCCUCAACUGGCUCAUGAUUUCAAGAAAAUAAAUAAAUAUAAUAUAUCUUGUGAUCUGCUACUUGCAUUCAGUGCCUCAAUAAUAUCUUCUUCUUUUUUUUCUUUCUAUUUAUAGUAAGACCAUAAAAAGUGAAGGUUAGUGGGGUUGAAGAAUGGAGAUAGUAGAUUGGAAAUGGGAGCAAAAUGAGAUGGAAGUUGAAGAAGGAGAAGGGGGUCUUCAAGUAAGAAGCUCUAAGGUUACUAAAGAAGUGACAAAUGGGAAAAUUGAGACAAAUGGGCAUGGAAAUUCUACCCUAAAGAUGACUAAUGGAACAGAAAAAUCUGUUCUUGGUGAUGAACAAGAAAGGUCAGAGGAGGAGAAGCUUUCAGAUUCCAUUAAUGGGGUUGAAGAUGAAGAGGGAACUGAGCCAAAAGAUAAGUUAUUUGAACAUAUUGUAGUUUCAAUUAAUGGGGUUGAGGAAAAAUCUGAUCUUGAUGAUGAACAAGAAAGGUCAGAGGAGCAUAUUUCAGAUUUCAAUAAUGGGGUUGAAGAGGGAACAGAAAAAUCUGAUCUUGAUGAUGAACUGGAGAGGUCAGAGGAGCAGCAUAUUUCAGAUUCCUAUAAUGGGGUUGAAGUUGAAGAGGAAACAAAACCCAAAGAAGAGUCUGUUCAGCAUAUUUUACUUUCAAAUAAUGGGGUUGAAGUUGAAGUUCACGGGGAAACAAAACCAAAAGAGGAGUCAGUUCAGCUGAUUGUAGCUUCAAAUAAUGGGGUUGAAGAGGGAACUGAACCAAAAGAAGAGCCAGUUCAGAAGAUUGUGGCUUCAAAUAAUGGGGUUGAAGAGAGAACUGAACCAAAAGAAGAGUCAGUUCAGAGGAUUGUGUCUUCAAAUUGUGGGGUUGAAGAAGGAACUGAACCAAAAGAAGAGUCAAAACAGCAUCUUGUGACUUCUACUAAUGGGGUUGAAGUUGAAGAGGGAACAGAAGCUGAAGAAGAUUCUGUUCAGCAGAUUGUAGUAGUUUCAAAUAAUGGGGUUGAAGAGGGAACUGAACCAAAAGAAGAGUCAAAACAGCAUCUUGUGACUUUUACUAAUGGGGUUGAAGUUGAAGAGGGAGCUGAAGAGUCAAUUCAGCAUAUUGUAGUUUCAAAUAAUGAGGUUGAAGAGGGAACUGAACCUAAAAAAGAGUCAAAGCAGCAUCUUGUGAUUUCUACUAAUGGGGUUGAAGAGGGAACAGAAGCUGAAGAAGGGCCCUUCAGCUCAGGCCAUUCUGUCUAUUAUGACAAAGAUGAAGGAAUAUGGAAGUGUCGAGCCUGCAGUUGGACUUUGCAAGGCAAAAGCCUAGAUAUUGGUUGGACAAAGAUUCCUAGGGGCUACUUGGAUAAGCUGAUUAAUUACCCAAUGUUAGAUCAGAGGGGAAGCAAAGAUAGUAACUUCAUUUCUACACAUUCCAUAAAGGAGAAGAUCUAUAAAAUUCCAGGAGAUGAAGGAGUUCAAGAGAGUGCUACUCUAGACAUUCACCUUAAUGGAUAUUUGAAGAGUUACAACUUAUCAAGUUCCAGUGUUCAGUUUCCCAAAAAUCUUUCAGAAGAUCACAGCAUUGUUCAUAAGUCCACUGCCAUUGAUGAAAUAGAAAGUGCAGACCCUGACCUGAUAGAUGACAGUGACACUGAUGUAAAAGAUUUUGAUGUUGAGAAUGUACUUCAGAAGCAGAAUACACAUGAUCUUUAUUGCCCUAAUUGCAAGUCAUGCAUUACUAAGAGGGUUAUUCUUCGUAAAAGAAAACGUAAAAUUCGGGUUUCUGGUGAUGAUGUCAAACGUGUCAAACCUGAAGUUGUAGUUGAUUCCAAAGUGGAUGCUAGUCAUGCACAGGCAGCUGAUGAUGAAGUACGUGAUGGAGCCGACUGUUCUCUUCCACCAUUGGCAGUGGAUGACUACCAGCCUGAUAGAGAGCCAGAGCUAUUCAGAUGCUUAUCAUGCUUCAGUUUUUUUAUUCCAGCAGGGAGUGGAUUCAAACUGUUCCGAUUUUUUGGAGACAAAGGUGCUAAAGAAAAUGUCAAAGGUGAACAGACACCUACAAAGAACAAAAAAUGGUUCUCCCCUAUCUUUGGAUUAGAUAAGGGAAAAGCACCAGUUGAGCAAGGAAGUGGUAUUGGGGCAAGUGUAGUGAAAAAUGAUUCUGGAGUACUUAUGCCAUCAGCCCCACCUGCAUAUUCCAGCAGUGAAAUCACUCAGGAAGCUGGAGGGAAAAUUUUAGGAUCAAAGAACCAAGAUGCAAAUAUGAAAGGGAAAAUGGUGAUUGAUACAGUGGGUAAAUCAGAGAAUGCAACAAAGAGUCGAGAAGCAGGUUCUGUCCUUGACAUCUUUGAUUCAGAGACCUAUAAUCAGCCAAGCGUCUCAGCUUCUUCUAAUGAAGUUCAAGGAAAUGAUAAGAAUGAUGAGCUGUUAAGAAACACUGGCAGAAUUCAAGUUAGCAAUGGAAAUCUUGUGCAGGAAAGUCUGCCAGCACCUAGUGAUAAGAAGGAUCAGCUGUUGAGACCCGGUGGAAAAAUUCAAUCUAGUAAUGGAAAUCUUGUGCAGGACAGUGUGCCAGCAUCUCAACAAAAUGAACUAAAGCUUCUGAUAACUUCAACAAAGGAGGAGUCUCUAACUAUUGAGAAAUCAGAGACUGACUUAAAAUCUGAUGGGGGAAUACUAAAUAAAGAUCCAGCAACCACAGCUUUUGCACUCAACGGCUUAGAUGGAAAUGGGAAACCCAAUUUUUUGACAGAAAUCCCUCAAGAACAUGUGCAACAUAUCGAAGCCAUGUUUUCCUCUGAAUCUCUGGUGGCAAACAAUGACAAUAAAUUUCAACUUAGUAGUGAAGACGGCGCCCAUCACUAUGAAGUUUCUCAGCAUACCAUCACAAAGACCAAUAUAGAGAUCCACUCAAAGCAGCCUUUAAACGUUGAUGAGCAUGACUUGAUUUCAUCGGUGAAGGAUGCUUUAUCAAUUCAAGAUAAGCUGGAUAACAUCCCCAACAUUACUGUGGAAGCAGCUGCAAAUAACAUUGCAGGCAACGAUACUAUUAUAACUGUGGAAGCUGGGCAUGAAACUAGAGAAACAGCUUCAGCAAAUCUAGAUACUCAAAUCCAAUCUGUUGAAGGACAGGCAACUGAUGGUGCAGAUGGUUACAAAAUUGAGAUCAUUAAAAGCAUUAUAUUUGGGGGUUUAGCUGAAUCAAUUACAAGCUUAAGCGUUGUAGCGUCUGCUACUGGUGGUGACACAACUACAUUGAACAUUUUAGUUCUAGCAAUGGCUAAUCUGAUUGGUGGACUUUUCAUCAUUUUCCACAAUCUUUGGGAGUUGAAAAGAGAUCGUUUCGAGCAAGCCAGCAAUCAGAUAAUGGAAAAACAUGUAGAUAGGUAUCGAGAACAACUUGGCCGGAGAGAAAACUUCACACUGCAUGCUGUACUUGUUAUAUUAUCAUAUAUUAUAUUUGGACUAUUGCCUCCCGUAACCUAUGGCUUCUCGUUCCGCAAAAGUGAUGACAAGGACCUCAAGAUUGUGGCAGUUGCUGCAGCUUCACUUGUAUGCAUCUUAAUGCUGGCUACUGGAAAGGCCUAUGUUCAGAGAGCACCCAAACCUUACUUCAAAACUAUAUCAACUUACAUUAUUUUAGGCUUCACGGUUUCUGGUGUAUCUUAUGCAGCAGGCAUACUAUUCAAUAGACUGCUGGAAAAGUUUGGGUUUUUCCAGCCUAGUUCAACACUGAACCUGUUCCUUCCGGAGAUGCCGGAGACUGGAGCAGCAUGGGCAUCCUUUUGAAGAGCAGAGAAUGAUGAACCACAAACAUGUAACCUCCAGGAAUAUCCUCUAGUUCUUUAUGGUUUGCUUUUUUUGGCUUUUUUAUUUUAGAUUUAGCCUCUCCCCUUGUUAUUUUAAGUUACUUAGUUUAAACACUCGAUAAGAAUAAAUAUCUGCAUUACAAUACUUGCG